GCUCUCUUGAUGGCCGCCUUCUUCGCAAGGCCAGCGUCCUCGUCGGCCGUGAAAAUCACCAGGCCACCCUCCAACGAUGGCGAGGACAAGGAUGGCUUGAAGCAAUUCACUCCCAAGAAGGAGAACGGGCCGCGACUGUGUCGCAACAUCAUGAUAUACGGGUCAUGCAAGUUCCAGGACAAAGGCUGCAGAUACGAUCACCCAGAUAUGAGCGGAGCAGCGUCGUCGGCGGACGAAGCUGGCACAGUUGAUACCCCCAAUCAAUCCAUGGACACCGCUCCUCCACCUCGCCUGUCCCUUGAAGCCGUCAAAGCGCCGGUUUUCGUGCCCAAGGCCGCUGCGUCGAGUUCUCUUUUGUCCGCGACCUCGGCCGCAACUCAAUCGUCCCCAUCACCUGCUACGCCUGCGCAAACACAGGGCGCGGAGGAGGCAGCUCGUGAUGAUAGUCAUGCACUAGACGACCCCUUCUCGGCACACUACACUCCGAACCCGUACGCACAGUCGGAGCAGGACCAAUUGUCUGAAGACUACUCGUCCAUGAUGGAGCACAUGCAAGGGUUAACGAUUAACCCGUACGACACCGGCGAACAUCACGACCUCAUGUCGAUGUCCAUGGCAGUGCCGAUGGACCCUCACUACGAUCCAGCUUACCAAUCAUAUGCUCGUCAACCCCUGGACUAUCACCUUUACACCGCUCCCAUCCCGGAUGUCUUCGAGCACAACUACUUCCUUUCCUCGUCAACCCGCGAAGAACUGCAGAAGCGCUCGGAGACUCUCUACGCCCCUCCCUUGCACUCGCUUAACCUCCCGGACGAGAUACAGGGUUACCACUCGCUUGCACCCUUGGAACCCAUACCUCCGGCGAACAACCCCGGUACUCCAAAUCCGUCAGGCGAUGCUUCCGGGAGACGCCAAUGGGGAAGCUGGUUCAGCAGUGUGUACAGGGGAACGAAGGCCAGCGACGGGGCGGUCUACGCGCUUAGGCGGGUGGAAAACUACAGGGUGAUGCAGCAAGCCGCCCUUGGCCCCGUUGACGCUUGGAGCCGCAUCCGCAACCCGGGCAUAGUAUCCGUUCGCGAGGGCUUCACGACAAGAUCGUUCAAUGAUAACUCGCUCGUUGUCGUGUAUGAUUUCCACCCGAACGCCCAGACUCUCGCAGAACUCCAUUUGAAACCGCACAACCAGGGCAGUGCGCCGUUUCCGGGAGGGCUCUCGGUCCUUAACACCGCCGGUCGGUCCGCGAAUCGAGGCCGUCACGCCGUACACAACGGCAGGGACAGAAACAACAAGGAUACGCAGGACCAGCAAGAGGACAAGCUGUCGGAAAGAACGCUGUGGACAUACAUCGUACAAAUCGCGAGUGCAAUCAAGGCGGUACAUGAUGCUGGAUUGGCGGUGCGCAUGAUUGAUCCGAGCAAGAUAUUAGUGACGGGUAAAAACAGGAUCCGUAUCUCGUCAUGUGGCAUUUUGGACGUCCUCACCUACGACCAGCAACUCGACAUGACGCUCCUGCAGCAAGAGGACCUCCAGAUGUUUGGCCGCCUCAUCUACUCGCUGUGUUUAGGCACGAGCAACCUCGGCAAUUUCGCUAAUGUCAGCAAGGUAUUCGAUGGCAUAGCGCGACAGUACGGCCAAGAUGUCAAGAACCUCUUGUUAUACCUUACCAGCAAACCCGGGCCGCACAAGAAUAUAACGCACUGUUUAGACAUGAUCGGGGGCAAGGCCGUACGGGAGCUGGAUGAAGCACAGGGUGCUGUCGACCGUCUGGAGGCGGAGCUCAUGUCCGAGUUAGAGAACGGUCGGCUUGUCCGCCUCCUGUGCAAAUUCGGUUUCAUCAACGAGCGCCCCGAGUUCGCGCACGAGCCGCGUUGGAGCGAGACUGGCGAUCGAUAUAUCAUCAAGCUCUUCCGCGACUACGUCUUCCAUCAGGUCGACGAGCAGGGCCGUGCAGUGGUGAAUAUGGGGCAUGUUUUGACAUGCCUAAACAAGCUUGAUGCCAGCUCCGAGGAGCGGAUUCUGCUGGUUUCUCCUGAUGAACAGAGCUGUCUCGUGGUGACGUUCAAAGAUGUCAAAUUGUGCAUGGAGUCUGCAUUUAGUGAAUUGGCAGUACAGUAACUCUGCAUGCACCUCCUGAAAAUAGGUAGAACACUGGAAAAAGACUAGAAAAUAUAAAUAAAGAC